AUGACGAUAGCAAUAUCGAGCCCCUCCUCAAAUUGUCAAUCAUCCUGGUGGUAUAAGCUUGCCUUACAGUAUAUCCUCACACGUGGACCUAACCCUCCAGAUAGGCAUCUGAUCCUUUUAAAAAGGAAGCGCUUGGCAGCAGCAGCAGCAAUCACCGCGGUUUCAUGGGGAGGCAAAUCUUUAACUCACUUCACUUGGUUUUCCUUGCCUUUACUCAUCUCCCUGUCCCCAGAAACGCCCCGCUUUUCUAGAAUGCAUUUUUAUCCUUUUCCUGCCUCAUUUAUUCACAUCUGCAGUCCUGCCCUAGCUGUCUCCCUCCAUCCCUUGGCUCCUUGCUACCUUGCCAUUCCACACAGUGCUUUUGUUUUGGCACCAAUUCAGCUGAGACACACACACUCACAAGCACACAGCAGAAAAGCCUUGGGCUUGCAUGCAAACUGCAUCGGCUGCCCUGAAACUUGA